AUGGGUAAUGAUGGUGGAAGUAUUCCCACUCGCCGCGAGCUGGUCCGAGAAGCGGCGCGGAAUCCUAGUGCGACGCAAGUGAAGGAAGCUCAGCGCGAACUUCAAGAACAUUUCUGGACCACUUGUCCGCUGUCGCAUAAGCCGUUGAUGCGGCCUGUCGUUUCGGAUUCCGGCGGCAAUCUGUACAAUAAAGACGCAAUCUUAAAAUAUCUCCUUCCGGGCGACGAAACCAAUGGUAUCAGCUCGAAAGUCGACUGCGAGGAGACUCUGGGCGGUCGAGUAAAGGGACUCAGAGAUGUUGUUGAGCUACAUUUCGAAAUUGAUACAGAGCGCAGCGGACACCCAUCCACCAAGCACGGGAAACGGGAAGGGUGGAUUUGCCCGGUUACGGCCAAGCAGCUGGGUGCGAGUGUCAAGUCGGUCUACCUCGUCCCUUGCGGGCAUGUUUUUUCCGAGGAAGCUAUUCGCCAAAUUAAGGAUGAUAAAUGCUUACAGUGUAACGAGACCUACACAGAGGACAACGUCAUCCCAAUUCUGCCAACAAGGGAUUCUGACAAGCAGCGGCUUACAGCUCGGUCGCAGAAGCUGUCUGAUCAAGGGCUUACCCAUUCCCUGAAGAAGGCUCCCGGCUCCAAGAAGCGCAAGAAGCACGGCAAUGGUGAUUCGGCUGAACCUGCCGCCACUGCCGAAGGGUCCAACGGCACGUCAUUGUGUCGCGCGCAAAAAGAGUAUAGCACAGUGACGAGGCGAAGUAGCACUUCAACUCCCACUCCUGGUUCAUCAAAUGGGAUUAAGCAUGCGGCAACAGCCAUGCUGACUGCUCGCGUACUAGAAGAAGAGAACGCAAAGAAGAGGAGAAGAAAACUGAUGGGCUUGAACGAGAAUUUGGACAGUCUUUUCACAAAAGACUCCAGGGAUGGAACCAAAGAUAACACGGACUUUAUGACUAGAGGAUAUAGUCUUCCUGCCGCGGGUAGGAAGUGA